AUGGGUCUCUUCCGCAAAGCGUCCGUGACGCACCUCUACCCUGACGAUGCGAUCCGUCACGAGUUGGAGCAACAAGGCGACACCAAGACUGCUUUCGGUGACAAGUCACCAGGUGUCCGAAGGAUAGAAGCCAUCUCGAAAUGCUUCACGUCCUGGCAUCUCUACGUCUUGUUCAUUUCCAUCUUUUUCGUCUCUUGUGAGUGGGGCUGUCUUCUGCUCGAUGGCUUUGUGCGAUUCCAAUUUCAGACGUAUGCCGUAGCUUCGUUUGGCCUCACGGCUCAGAUCUCCACCGUGAACGUCGUCAGAGGUAUCGUUGCCGCGGCCGCUCAACCUGCUUUCGCCAAAAUCUCUGAUUACUUUGGACGUAUCUCCAUCUUGUUCAUCGCUGCCAUGUUCUACGUCGUGGGAACCAUACUCUGCGCCGCUAGUAAAGACCUCGCCCAGUUCUCCGGGGGAGCUUUGCUGUAUCAAUUUGGCUACACUGGAAUCCAGCUUCUCGUCGAAGUGAUCAUUGCCGAUACCACUUCUCUCCGAUCUCGACUUUUCUUCUCUUACAUUCCCGCCUUACCGGGUGUCAUCAAUACCUGGGUCUCCGGAAACGUUGUCAAUGCGGUCUUGGCCAAUUCGAGCUGGCGCUGGGGAAUCGGCAUGUGGGCGAUCAUCUUCCCCGUCCUCGCUAUACCCCUUCUGUACUGUCUUGUUCAUGCCGAGAUCCGAGCGGGCAGAGCUGGAUACCUGGACGAUAUUCCCAGCCCAUUCCGAUCCCUUUCACACGCGAGUCUAUGGACAGACGUUUUCUGGCAGAUCGAUCUCGUCGGCCUUCUCCUUCUCGCCGCCUCCUUCGCUUUGAUCCUCUUACCGUUCACCCUCGCUGGAGGUGUCGCCUCUCUAUGGCCCACAGCCAGGAUCAUCACACCCUUGGUCGUCGGGUUCGUGGUGGCUUUACCCAUCUUUGUCAUUUGGGAACUGAAGUUCGCUCGUCAUCCCGUUGUCCCAUUCCGACUCCUCAAAGAUAGACAAAUCUUGGCUGGAUUGACUAUCGCUUGUCUGCUCAACACUGCUUGGUACUGUCAAGGCGAUUACCUGUAUCAAAUUUUGAUCGUCUCAUUCGAUCGCGAUAUCAUCUCUGCCACUCGGACUCAAAACAUUUACACCUUUGUCUCUGUCAUUACGGGUGUUUCUCUCGGCUUGGUCGUCCGUAAAGUCCGUCGAAUCAAGUGGUUCGUCGUCGCGGGUACUUCCCUCUUUGUCCUUGCAUUUGGACUCUUGAUCCGAUUCAGAGGAGGCAAAACGUCAGAUUACGCAGGUCUUGUCGCUGGGGAAGUCAUCCUGGGUCUUGCGGGUGGUCUGUUCCCUUACCCUACUCAAGUCUUGGUCCAGUCUGCAGUCCAGCACGAACGAACAGCAGUCAUCACCUCCUUAUACCUCGCUUGCUAUUCGAUCGGAUCCGCUCUCGGCAAUACCAUCGCUGCUGGAAUCCUUACCAACACACUUCCCGGCAAGAUUCAAGAUGAAUUCGUUCUGCACGGAAUCAACAAUGCGACGCUCGCCGCUGAAGCCUAUGCUGACCCUUAUGGGUUCUCAGCGACUUGGCCGAUGGGCACACCUCAGCGCGAUGCCCUGGCGGCAGCUACGAGAGAGACUCAACGACUCAUGUGUAUCGCCGGUAUCUGUAUCUCAAGCUUACUCGUCUUUGUCUCGCUGUGUCUCAAGAACCCCCACUUGUCAGACGAACAAUCGUUCGAAAAUGCAGAAGGGCGGGAGGAGUCGAUAAUGGAGAUGACGUGA